ACCCAAGCCAACUCCUCCAUCCUUCACGCAGACUCUACAAAAACAGUUUUCUUUUUAUAUUUUUAAUCAGCAAAACAGUGUUACUUUUGGUUGAUUUUCUGAUUUUCGAUUUGAUUUAAACCGAAUCAUUGCUGGAAAAGACGUUUAGCGUUUACAUUUCGAUCAUUCCGCCGGCGUCUUCGUCUUCUCUGCAACGCAAAGCCGCAUCAUCGGUGGGAGGAUGAAGAAAGCUUAAGCUGGGAGGAAAAGUGGGAGCAGCAGAAAUCGAGCGGGAGAGGGGCCUGCUGACUUUUUAAGGAGCUGACUUAAUUCAAUAGUCUGCAUACCUACCUGUGUGUACACAAUGAACUCAACAUACACUGAGUUUGUCAACCCAAGACAAAUUGGCAUAUGCGAUCCGAUCCACGAGAUUGGGAUGUGGGGAGGAUUCAAUGGGAGUGGCUGCUCGAGUGCCUCGGCAACCAUGAUUUUAGAAGUUGGGAAAAGUAUGUACAGCCAGAUGCCGGUUUUUGAGACAUCACUUAACCAGACUGAGGAAGCUUUGCAUGGAAUAGCUGGACCUUCUAACAAAUACGAAGGCACAUCACCUAAAUCAACCAAUAAGUUAUUGAGACGCCUUGCUCAAAACCGUGAAGCUGCCCGCAAAAGCCGGCUAAGGAAAAAGGCCUAUCUUCAUCAGUUGGAAAGUAGUCAACUGAAACUGAUUAAACUGGAACAAGAACUUGAAAGGGAAAGACUACUGGGUAAGAAAGGAACUAGUCAUCAAGUCCACACCGGGACUGAAAACUCAGGCAUUACUGCUUUUGAGAAAGAGUAUAGAGAUUGGAUUGAAGAACAAAAUAACCAAAUUGACAACUUGAGGAAUGCCUUGCAUUCUGAAGUUGAUGACACUAAAUUGGGCAUCCUUAUUGACGGUUGCAAGAGUCAUUACAAGAAUCUUUUCUGCAAGAAAGCAACUGCUGCUAAGGCUGAUGUCUUCUACAUUAUGUCGGGUUUAUGGAAAACACCAAGUGAGCGACUUUUCUUAUGGAUUGGAGGAGUUCGUCCUUCUGAGAUUCUAAAGAUUGUGUUACGGCAUGUCAAGCCUUUGACAGAAGAUCAACUUCCGUUUGUUACGAACCUCCAGCUAGCAUGCCACCAGAUGGAAGAAGCUCUAUCACAAGGAUUUGUGAGACAACACCAAUUCCUGUCUGAGGCAAUUGCAACAGGACUAUUGGGUGAAGGGAAUUACUUGCAACCUGCAAUGGAACAUUUGGGUCUUUUAGUGAACUUCAUAAUUCAGGCAGACAAUCUUCGUCUAAUGACCAUAGAAAUGGUGUCUUGCAAGUUAACUAUCAAGCAAGCAGCUUGGGGCCUUCUUGCUUUGGGAGAGUACCUUCAACGUCUCCGUACAUUGAGCUCCGUUUGGGAAAACCAUUUAAACGAACCGGCCGAAUAGAUGAGCACAUAGAUUGUUCCUCCUUCCAAGCCCAUCACAGCAACAUUAUCUCAUUUAUUGUGUGUUUGGAAUGGGCUCUGUGUAGAUAUCUAUAUAUAAGGCGCUGCUGCUGAUUUUGAGGCUGCUAUCGCUUGUAAAUAAUGUUGCUACUGUACAUGAAGUUUGUAGUUAUAGUCUUGUGUUUCGUUUCAUUUGUAAUUUAAAAAUUUUAUACUAGUAACAAAAUUGGCCCUAACAUGAUCAGAGCUUGUUGAUGGA